GCAGAGGGAAGAUGGCGGCGCCCUGUAAUUCGGAGCUUCCGUCCGAGGCUUCUUCUUGUCUGAAAAUCCCGAAGAACGAGAUCUUAUCGCCGCCCUCCCCCGGCCUGAGCGAUGGGAACCGCUCCCUGUCCAGCUCCUCCCCCCUGCCCCCCGCCGGGCCCCCAGGGGCCCCCGGACUCAGCUCCCCGGGGGUGUCAUUCAGCACGGCCUGCCGGGGGAUGUCCUGGACCCCGGCCGAGACCAACGCGCUCAUCGCCGUCUGGGGCAACGAGAGGCUGGUGGAGGCCCGGUACCAGCAGCUGGACGGAGCCGGCACCAUCUUCGGAACCAAGGCCCCCGGGCCGGCCAUGUACGACCGGGUCUCCCGGGCCCUGAGUGAGCUGGGCUACGAGAGGACCCCCAGCCAGUGCCGGGAGAGGAUGAAGACUCUGCGCAGAUGUUACAGCCGAGUGAAGGAGCGAGGAGUCGGAAAGAGGAAAAGCAGCUACACGUUCGAGCAGCUGGAGAGAGUGUUUGGGUCCGGAGGCUGGGAGACCCAACCCUUCCAACCUGUGCUAAUCAAUAGCAGCGGCCUCUACCAAGAAAUGGAGUCUGACGGCAGCACGAUGGAGGAUUAUUCGCAGGAUGACUGGGGAAACCACAGCCAGGAAAUGCAAGGCUUCCCGGGGGAUGAUUUGGCACCUUGGGUGGUCCAGAAGUCCGCUCUGCCUUGCCCUCCUGCUGAAGAGGAAGUCAGUAUUCCCAAGAGGCCAGUAAAGAAUCGAGAGCCGUCCGAGGAAACGCAGAAGCUGGAGAUUCUGCAGACUAUAAUGCAUAUUUUGGACUCAGUCCAGCUAAAAUGGGAGCUGUUUCAGAGCUGGACAGACUUUUCAAGACUUCACCUCUCUAACAAACUGGCUAUAUUUGCUAUUGGUUACAACACUCGAUGGAAAGAUGACAUUCGCUACCAUUACGCUGAAAUAAGCUCACAAGUACCGCUUGGGAAACGUCUUCGAGAAUACUUCAACCCUGAGAAACCUGAAGGCCGGGUGGUUAUGACCAGGGUGCAGAAAAUGAACUGGAAAAAUGUCUAUUAUAAGUUUUUGGAAAUUACAAUUAGUGAAGCGAGAUGUCUUGAACUUCACAUGGAGACAGACUGGAUCCCCAUAGCCCAUUCCAAACCAAUUGGGGGCGAUAUAGUCCAGUACCUUUUACCUGGCGGUAUUCCAAAAAGUCCGGGUCUUUAUGCCAUCGGCUACGAAGAUCUGCGUGGCAAAGAAGUGGAUAAUGCAGUUGUUGAUUUAGUGAAUGAUGGGAAUUGCGAUAGUCCUACAGAGCUUGCCUCGAAAUCUGAUACAAUAACUAGCAAAAUUAAUUAUUGUUACCUGGGUAUUGCUGAGAGUAUCACGCUCCAGCAAUGCCUUUUCUUUCAUUUCCAGUCCACAAUCAAAAACCAAAGCAAGGAGUGGGCUAGUAUUAAUGGAUUCUUAGCGCAAAACUGCAAAGUGGAACCAGGCGUGUCUCCGAAAACCAUCUACAUUAAAUUUGUCGAAGUCGAAAGAGAUUUUCUUUCUGCCGGAUCUUUAGUUGAGUGCCUGGAAAAAGCAAUUGGUUACCCACUGAAGUUUAAUAAAUGAAUUUUUAUCCUUUAUAAGGAUUAGGGCUCUAUAGAUACCACGUUCCAUUUUGCCAGGGUCGACUCUUGAAUUUCAAACAGAUUUUUCUUUGUUUUUCAAAUUGGAAGAAUUGUCUUAAAAGCCAGCUUCCACAGUUUGAGGAUAUUGUCCGAGGCAAACGGGACCUUGUGUUUGGAUAUUAAAUAGUGUUUUUAUAAAGAAUUUUAUUGUAGAGCCCUGCUAUAAACUUGCUGUAAGUACAUUCCAUGUUGGACUAAGCUUAUUCUCAUUUUCAAAGGAAAUACUGGGGGGGAGGGAGGGUUCUUCACGUUUCAUUUUUACAUAUCUGUGUCUGUAUAAAAUAAACUAGAAAGAAUAAUGAAUGAUGGCGCUCAACCUUGAGAUAUGUACAAGAGGUUGUCACGCCAUAACCCGAUUAGCUAAUAUUGUAUAUAAUUUAUAUAAUCACUUUUUUACCCAUUAAGUGUUUUUACGAUUUCCAACCAGUGUUGCCUGCAAAGACUUUUGUUUCUGUGACGUACUGUAUUCACUCUUAGCUGUGUCUCCAUAUCCUCUUUUUUUUUUUUUUUUUUUUUUUUAAACCAUUAAAGUAAUGGCUUCUUUGUGUUUCGUUGGCAUUUUAAUGGCAUUACAAAGGAUAUUUAUAUAUAUAUAUAUAUUAAAAGCAUUCAGAAAACCUGGAGUCUGAAUGAAUUGUGCAAGUUGGUCUUUCAGACAUUUAAAAAAGCCAAACAAAUGCUUAUCAGCUGCUAAGAACAUGUUUUAGAAACUUGAAUAUGCCAUGAACUUUGUAUAAACUGUUCUGCUGUCCAGUUGGCCACCAAAAGCGUUCCAUCAUAUUCUCGCUGCGUGACAAACCGGUAAUUGUCCGCAGCCAGUGAAGGUUACCAGUGCCUUUUCUAGAUGUAUAUUUUACUGUUUUCAGCCAAUAGCAGUAAUUUAGGGCAAAGUUUGGUGGGUUAAGGUCAUUCCCUCAUUGUAGACCUCUUCUGAAAGAAACCUUGUACUUAUGAGUAAAAGCCGGCAUUGCAGGAUAUAUCCAUAUAAAAAAUUGUAAAUUCUGUACACAAUCCAAAAGCUGAUAUAUCUGUGUUAUCUUUAUUAUCCUUGUGUAUUCUAUAUAUUUUAGUUUUGUUGCAUAGCCCUGUAGCAGUUUUGUUUGAAGCAAAUGUUGAGAAUAAUUUUUCAUUUUAUUUUUUUUACUCUUAUUAUAGUACAGUUAAUGUAAUUUGACUUUUUAUUUUUUUGUUUUUGGUAAAGAAAAUAAUCAAUUGCCAUUGCAACACCUUAAGUAUUUUGGUAACUGCUUAAUAGUCUUCAUAUUUAAAUAAAUUCCCUUCCUUGCCCAAGACACCCGGAUUCGUUUUAUACUCCCCUUGUUGUGUCUGGGAUUGAUUGCUGU